AUGAACCUUUCUCGAUUUUUGACUUUUGGCAUUUCUCCUUUCUUUGGAGUAUUGUUUGCUGGCCGAGAAUUGGCCAGAGGGUCGGUGAAGCCACUCUUCGCGGCCCACCCUGGAAUCAACAAAUUAAGCCAACAUUUUGUGAUGGUUAACCUGGAGCCCGAUGAAGUGCCUCGCCCGCCAGAGUUUGAGCCUGAUGGCGCUUAUGUUCCUAGAAUCUUGUUUUUCAGUCAUGACGGAAGAAUUUUUAGAAACAUCAUUGGCAAAGAACCUAGAAACAAGUACUUCUACGACAAUAUGCGUCGUUUGGAAAACAAUAUGAAAAGGGUGUUGAGGCAGUAUAGAGAAGAAGUUCAAGAUCCCUCUGAUGCUGCUCAAUAG